GGGGCCGCACAGUACGGGGCCGCGCGGGUGGUUCCCGACAGGUCACCUGCGUUUGCGAGCGAUGUCUAGCUCCCGAAGCAGCGCGCAGAGCUUUUUGGAUCCCACGUUGUUUUUCGAUUCGGAGCUCCAUUGCGAUGUCUUGUCUUCUCUUGUCUUUCCUUGGAGCCCAACUUCAGCUCCCAGCUACCAUGUCCGCAUAUCGCGCUGACGCCUAGGAUGGUCAAUGCCUCCUGGGGGCCAGGGGCAAUUAGACCCCGGCGUGUACGUCCGCACCUUCCGCCACUGUUCAGAUCGACCAUCACACACAUUCCUUUUUCACAGGAGGCUGAACGAAGACCCCCACAAAUACGUCGCAUGUCAUUCGGGCGCGCAAGCUUACUCAACAAAAACCUGUGUCCGACAUGUGCCUAUUCGGAGCGAGCCCCAAUUCCCAGCGGGCACGUCCGCUUGUCGCGUGGGAGCCCAGACUGGACCACCACUCACACAUGCUUUGCCUUUUUGUCUUGGACCGCACAGACAGCAGCAAACAUCUGGCUGUGCAGUGUUUGUUUUAGUUUGGGCAGCUGGGAGACCCAAUGUGGGUACCGGCAAGAGCGGACACUAGUCGUUGUUGGCGAGUAUGUGAGACAUCAUGGGGCACGAUGAGGCCACACCGAACGUCAUCACGUCCAUGCAUUGGGCUACUCCCCCCCUGACUCGCAGGCCUUCCUUCCACGAGAUGACCGCGAAGGGCGCCACUGAGUCUCCUCGACGAUCCGCCUCGCGGAACUUCAGCGUCCUGUCCUCGGCCUCCCCGAGCAGCCCGGAGAUCCAGCACCCCAUGUCCGGUGCCGCAGCCACGCAGGCCGGCGAGGACAGGCCCGACCUGGAGCUGGACGCGGAGCUUGACAAGAUCCUGGGGGAGACCUCGGACCACUUGCCGACUGCAGCGGCGCAGACCUUUGUCUGCAACGACGAGGCGCAGGCGGCCCUCCAGCCGCACGGCCUGGUCGAGGCCGACGUGCGGGAGCUGGACGCGAUCCUGAACGAGCAGCUGCCCGAGGGCAUGCAGCCAGGCAUCGACCCGCUCCACCAAUUCGAGGGCAGCGCGGAUAAUUUGGAAAACCUGCUCACGGAGGGCACGGUAUAGGCCUGCCGAAGGGACAGUCCGAGGAGCCUCGCCAACGGGACCUGACGCGCGGAGUAGGUGAGCGGCCGCUUUUGCGCGGAUCACGCGCGCACUGUCAGAUUAGGGCCUCAGGGCGUGUUAGGUGCCGCGUUUGUUCCACGGCAUCGUUGCGUCAGGAUAGAUGGAGGAUGUCAAGGACGGCGAGGGAAGGGACGCAUCUUCAUGGCAUUCGGUGCCGUGCAGCGUGAUUUCCUCUCGUGCUGUUUUUGUCCUACCACUUCCAGGCUCCAUCGCUGGUCAAUGGUCAUCAAAUUCAGCGCGUUCGUUUUUCCAACGCGCGGGCGUCACGCCAGUAAGGGAUCACCAGUGCCCGGGCCAGAGAAUCAGUUCUCCCGGGUCGUUGUCACAAACGGUCGCCCGG